UUUGUUAUGAAACCCGAAUUCCUCUCUAACAUAUACUUUUACAGUAUUGCCCCAUUUUUACUUUGGGGACAAUAUUACGUGUUUCAUAACUAAAGUUCCUAUUUAAGAAUGUUUUCCUACCAUACAAAUCUAUUAUCCUGGAGCAUUUGUAAAAUACCUUUGCUUCUACACCCUGAAAUCCAGGGGGCUUCAUAGGUAACACUGGAUAUACCUUACAUAACAUUUCACUUCCACUCACUGCCAAGAAUAACAAUUCAAGUUUUCACACCAUUUUGAAAUACUCCGUUUCCUCAUCCCUCCGCCCAAUUCUCGACCCUGUGGCACUUCUCCAUCCUCCUGGUUCGAGGGAACUGUUGCAAAGGUUUUCCCACGGGCCCCUGAUGGCAGUGCGCCUCUGCAAGCUGUUGAAAGCUUCUGAACUCGAGUGCCCAAGGAGGGCUACCGGGGUGUACUCCAUCCGGGGUCCCUGCUUCUGGGUGAGCCAGCCACAGGACAACCCCUCUCUGCACAAUCGGAUCCACAAGUAAAGCACCGAAUUGCUAUCAUAACCCGCCCAGGAUCUGGUUCCAAGCACCUUUUCAGCCCCGCUGGCUUCCCCGCGGCGGGUUCCAGUCCCUGUUUCUUCCCUACGGGUGCAGGUCUGCCUUAACACGGCAGAUCUGGAAAGCAGGAAGUAAGUAGGGGGAAUCAUGUGUGUAACACGAAGAGGGGCGGAGGGGUGUCCAGGGCGCAGCUUUUGCUUUCGCUGGAGUCGCUAAAGGGAGAAUCUCUCCCACCCCUGGACCAGGAGAGCGGCGGACCUGCGAGCAGAGCCCCGCGGAUGCCUGGCUGGGGGGGACCCCGUGGGACAAAGCCUGUUGGGGUGCCUGCUUCUCAGCGAGAGCUCCGAGCCUGGGCCGGUGUGGCCCGUUUCCCAUGGGGUCGGUUCGGAGCUGGGAGACCGGAAUAAUAAUCCUGCACCUGGUGCUCGGCGCGGGCUUGGGAUCUUACGUGCUCCACGUGGAUGUGUCGCAGUUCGAAAGGCCCCUGAAGCACUUCUGGAAAAGCACUGGCUUCUGUCCUCCUCUACCUCACAGCAGAGCGGAUUUAUUUGACCUCAGUAAAGACCAAGAGCUGAACCUUGCCUAUGUGUCUUCGGUACCGCAUGGCGGCAUUGAACAAGUUCGAAUUCACUGGUUACUGGAACUCAUUACUGUUGGCAUGACAAAUGGAAAACUUCACUACAACUUUACCAGUCUGGAUAACUUGAUGGAUCUUCUCUGGAAAAACAAACUCAUUCCAGGAUUUGAAUUGAUGGGAAGCCCUUCAGGAUACUUUACAGAUUUUGAAGACAAAAAACAGGUUAUAAGAUGGAGGAGCCUAAUUGCACUUCUAGCCAAGAGAUACAUAGAUAGAUAUGGAUUGGAACAUGUUGCCAAAUGGAAUUUUGAAACUUGGAACGAGCCAGAUCACCAUGACUUCGAUAAUGUGUCAAUGAGUGUCAAAGGGUUUCUCAAUUAUUACGACGCAUGCUCAGAAGGGUUAAGAGAAGCUAGUUCUUUACUGAAAUUUGGAGGCCCAGGAGAUUCUUUCCAUCCAUUCCCAAAGUCGCCCAUCUGCUGGAGUCUUCUACAUCACUGCUACAAUGGAACCAACUUCUUCACUGGAGCGACUGGUGUGAGGUUGGACUACAUAGCCCUACAUAAGAAGGGAGCUGGAAGUUCUCUUCACAUCUUAGAGCAAGAAACAGAAGCAAUGGAGCAAAUUCAGAAGUUGUUCCCAAAUUUCACCUCGGUUCCUGUAUACAAUGAUGAAGCAGACCCACUCGUUGGAUGGUCAGUUCCACAAACGUGGAGAGCUGAUGUGACCUAUGCAGCCAUGGUGGUGAAGGUAAUCAUCCAACAUCAAAACCUGCUCAUUUCCAAAGCCAACAACACUAUCAACUACACUUUGCUGAGUAACGACAAUGCCUUCAUGAACUACCAUCCGCAUUACUUCACCCAGAGAACGCUGACUGCCCGAUUUCAGAUGAACAACACAAAGCCACCUCAUGUCCAGAUGGUGAGGAAGCCUGGGCUGACCGUAAUGGGAUUGCUGGCCCUGCUAGGGGAAAACCAAGUUUUUGCAGAUAUUAUCAGCAAAGGCGAAAGUGCCGACACCGACAUUGUUGGAGUACUAGCCACCGUGCACACUCCUGCAGAGCUACAGCCGUCAGACAGCUGGCAGGCCACCAUACUGAUCUACGCUAGUGAUGACAACCGGACAUCCUCUAACAUCAGUGCUGUGACAGUGAACGUUACCCGUUUCCCCAGGCAUGCAGAGCUUGUGUAUGUGACAUACUACCUGGACAACAACCUGACCAAUCCCUAUUUGGAGUGGAAGAAAGUAGGAAGCCCCGAUUUUCCUUCUGUAAAGCAAUUCCAACAAAUAAGGGAUGCCGAGGACCCGGUGGUGACCGGACCAUUCCCAUUUCCUGGGGACGGCCGCCUGAUCUUGAAACAGGAACUCCCACUUCCGUCGGUCUUCCUCAUCCAUGUCUGUGCAAGACCUCACUCUGGUCCCAGUCAAGUGACAGGCGUUCACUUGAUCCCUCUGACAAAGGGGCAGGUUGCAGUACUUUGGGACGAUGAGUGCGUGGAUUCCAAAUGUCUGAAAACAUUCGAAGUUGAGUUUUCAUCGGACGGAAAAGCAUACAGACAGAUUAAUGCCAGAGACACGAUCUUCACGCUCUGGAUCUACAGUCCAGGAACCACGGUCUCGGGCUUUUACAGAGUGCGUGCCGUCGACUACUGGAGCAAGCCAGGCCGCUUCUCCAUUCCUGUGCAGUACAUUGAAGCUCUCGCAUGAGUGCAAAACCAUCCAACCGCCAGAAGAGAAAUCUGCAUCUGUCUCCAGCGCGUAGCAGAGUGGGGUCAUGCUGCUGGAAAUGACAACCCGCUGAUGAAACCCCAGCCUCACUAGUAAGGGAAUUAGCGGGUUAGCCUACAACACUGUACUCCUGUUCUCGCUGCGAACCCUUUGGAGCUUGAAGACAAGUGUUGUCCCAAACAGUGUUUAAAAGUGAAGAAGAAAUAACUGCCUUGGCCUGGCCUCUUAUACGCUGGUGGAACUCAAGUGGUUGCAAUAGAGCUAGUCCGCCCGAAUACUGGGGUAACCAGAGCCUGGUGUCGAUGUCUGGAGUCAGAGCCAGCAACUCGCCCCUGGGCCUAGAGGACAGUGUUCUCCUGUGAGGGGAGGGGAGGCUGGGACUGAAUUUCCUCACCGGAUCUGCAGACCUGGUUGGAUGUGGGAUACUGGCCGGCUGGGCUGCUGCUGGGUCCAACGGGUGAACAGAACAGCCCCUUCUGUGGCUGGAGUUCUUCUCCCCGGCUCCCCGGAUUAGUACAGUCCCUUUCCCCGGAGGAUGCUGGGACUUCAGUGCAGUCUGUUGUCCCGCUAUAGCAGGGAGUACAACCUUCCUCACCCCUUUGUGCAGCAGCUUCCAAGCAGCCAUUUGCUCACUCUUGGGCCCCCGCCUGCGUGAGCAAAGUCCUUCCGCCUCAGGGGGUCUGCGGAUACCUUCCCCCCGCCCGGCAGGGCCUCGCCAGCACAGACGCUGGCCUCUUUCAUUCUCCCUUCUGCUCAGAAGGUUCAAGCCACCUUCCCUCGCUGGAUGUUCAACCCCACUGGACUUCUCAGGCCCCGUCUCGGCCCCUCGCAGCAGGGAGCCCCAUAGCGCCAGCUCAGAGCUGGGUCUCUGGAGAGUAUUCCCAGACAGCGGCUGUUCUCACCUCACCUUCCUUUACACUGCACUUUUAAAUCCUACUUCCCUCUUCCCAGCAGGCCUUGCUUCCUCCCAGUCACAUGCUCCUGCUGCUGACUACAACCCCCAGUGUGCCUUGUCUUUAAACUAACCGAGGCCUUGUGACAGAAAUCCUGGGCCAUGGCUACCCUCAUGGCCAGCAAAAUGUUUGUUAGAGAGGAUCCCAUUAGAGGCUUUUAUAAGUUUAUCAGAUUUGGGCAUUACAUGCUUUUGUAUGUGACAGAUGGCUGGUAAUGGACAUGUUUUAACUAGAAAAUCUACCCUUGGGAAUGGUGUAUUUUGCACUAUUUUACAGCAGAUUAUAGCCUCACACAAAACAAAGGAGUAAUGAAUAUUGAGUUCAGUAGAGAUGGGCAAUAUUUGUCAGAUUAAAUUUUUUCACCAAAAAUGGGUAUUUGGGUCGAACAAAACAUUGCCUGAGUUCGUGUCAAAUUUGCCAGAUUGUUUUGGUCGGAAAAGAAAACAAAAAACCCCAAACAGAUGGAACAUGUUUCAAAACAAAACAUUUGGAUUUGGAUUCAAAACAACUUUGUUCUGAAUUUUACUUCAGUUUUAUUUCAAAAGGUAAAAACACCAACAAAACAAAGUGUAGUUUGACCUUGAUCUGAAAGAUUGUGGCCCCCAAACUGAAAAAUCUGCUACUUUGCACAGUUCUAGGUGAGACCUCUGUGCACAUGCUAAUGACUAUUUUAUAUCUCAAAGCGCUUUGUGGAUUUAAUCUGGUCCCUCAUAAUUGGAGCACUUUGUAUUGUGUUUUUUUAAAGUACGCAGAGAGGGAAAGAUCACUGCAGUGAAAAGCAUCAGGGGGUAGCCGUGUUAGUCUGUAUCUACAAAAACAACAAAGAGUCUGGUGG